GCAAAGCGGGGGGGAACACCCCAUAAAGCAGGAGCAAACACCCCAGGAAGCAGGAGCAGACAUCCUCGAAGCGGGGAAAUCUGCCCCCGAAGCGGGGGCUGGAGCGCCGGGGUUUGGGGAGCAGCCGUGCCUUUGGGGUCACCCCCUUGGGGCACCUUCCUCGGUCCCCGUGUGAGCAUCGGGGUGGCCGUGCUGAGGGCGGGGGGAGGAGGAGCGGCUGCCGUCUUGGGGAAGGAUCAGCUGGCACUUUAGGGAAGGAUCGGCAGCAGGGAGAGGGUGCCCGGUGACCCCCACGCCGAAGCACACCGGAGCCCGGCAGCCGCGUCCCACGGGUGGCAGCCCAGCAGGAGUGUCACGGAUCACGAGCCCACGGCUCGGGUACGUGCGCCGGGAAGGGGCAGGAGGGACCGUGUGUGAGCCAGGAAAGCAAACAAAGCCAAGGAGAAGGAGAGCUGCGCAGGGCAGGUCGGGGCUGGGCGCUGGGCAGUGGGGGCUCAGCUCUUCCUAUCACGACGUUCCUGCUGAGGAAAGAGCGGCCUGGAGCUUCGAGGGGUUAAGCAGACCCACAGGUGUCUCCCAAGUGUUUGUCUGCUGACGCUGGUAUUUGAUUUUUGGGGGUGACGGGCUAGGAUGAGCGUCGCUGUGUAGCUGGGCUUGUUGGGAAGUGCGGAUGUGUGAGUAGAAACCAGGAGUUUGUCCCAUGGGAGACGGGCUGCCCUCGCCUCUGCGUAGUGGAUGAAGCCUGAGAGAGGUUUGAAGCUGCACCAAGAGGUGUGGUCCUGGCUUUCCAGCUUAAAGCUCUCUGGAGCAGACCUUGGCCGCUGCCUGAUGGGAUGCGGCCACAACGCAUCCCUCUGCAGCAUAUCCAGGCAUCCUGCAGCCAUCCACAGCCCUGGGUAUCUCGGCAUGACAGCCAGAAAGGGAAACCUCCCGGGUGUCAGUGAGGAACAUGUGGGUGUGGGGCUGGUGAACCCAGCCCUGGACUGAGGUGACUCGGAAGUACGUGAGAUGCCUUUGAUUUUAGCUGUGUAAUUACACGGGUGGGAAAACCCUUAGGAAGGCAAGUGCCUGGGGAAGGAGGAAUGUUUGGCCACCGGUGCCCUGAAGAGAGGUGAGUGUUGGUGUUUGGCGCCGUGGCGGUGCCACGGGGAGAUGCCAGGGGGGCCAGGGCUGGGCAGGGCUGUCUGCCUGCACCCCAGCAGGAGCCUGGGAGGAGGGAUCCCUCCGGCAGCCCAGGUAUUUGUCUGUCUCCCAGUGCUGCUCCAGACUUUUCUUGCUCCCAGUGUAUUUAACAGCCAGAAACUGGUGUCGAGGCUCCACGGAAGCAACUGAAUAUCCUUGUAUGAGCAGUGCAGGUGGCAUGUAGUGACAUAAUUCCCAGAAAACCUCCAUCCCUAUCAAAAUACCUGUGCCCACGUUGCGGAACACUCCUGCUUUGUGCCUGGCUGCUCUGUGUCGCUUGGCUGCCCGGCCAGCUCCGUGUGCCCUGGCAUCACCCCUCGCUCCCUUCCUGCCUUGUGGGCUCCUUAGCCAUCCACAACAGGUUUUCUUUGUGGGUCACACUUGUUGGAGAACCUUUUGGAAAAGCACGGGGAGAGGUGAUGCUGUGUUGGGGUGAAAGGUGCUGCUGAAAAUCCGGUGUGAGGAUGAGGAGGGCGGUGCUGGUGAGGCCGAUGGCAGCGUGAUGUGUCAGGUUAGUGGCUUUCAGCAAGGGGAGAUAAGGCUCUAGGGCUGCUGUGCUGUCACAGGAGCUGCUCAGAGCACUCCAGGAGGGCUGUGGGGAAGCGGGAGUGCCGGGUUUGGCUUCGGAGGACAUCAAAAGGGCAGAUGGAUAAUGUCUCUGAGCACUGGAAGGCUCUGGAGGAGAGUGUGUUAUCUGGGUGUUAUCUGGCACGGAGACGGGGAGAGGUCCCAGAACAAAAACUGGGGGGAGGCUGUGGAGGAGUGGCUUUAUCUCAGAGGAAACAGCAGAUUAGUAGAAUUUAAAAAAGAAAUAAAUCCAAGCUCAGAAGUGCACAGUGGCACCCGAAGGAAACUGGGAAGGAGAAGGAGUCAAAGGGCUGGGAUUUUCCCAGGCAGGCGUGAUUUCCCAGGGCUGGGUGCACAGGGAAUUCAGCUCCCCGGAGAGAGGUGAGCACCUCAGACCCCCAUCCCUGGUUUAGCAGAGCCUGACCUGGAAGCAUUAGGCUGGCACUGGCUCCCAGUGUGAGCCUGGCUCAGGAAAAGCCACGGGACACUGUUCACACAGUGGCUGGGACACACCGAGGGCUCGCUGACCUGCUGUGAGCCGGUGCCAGCACAGCCUCGGUGCCCGCAGUAGCAUUGUCCCCAGGAAUAAAUGGCAACGUCCUGAAACACAAACGUAAAAGGACUUUCUGUCCCUGUCCAUUACCGCUUUCCAGCAGGCGCCGCUCGGAUGGAUAUAAUGGAAUUACGGGGAGAAAAGAGUCUGGGAGGCAGUUUCUUGUAUCUCAGUGGCAAAGGUCAAGGCAAUGGCUACUGCAGAGUCAUGAUUACAGCUCAGGAGAACGGCUACUGUGGCUUGUGUGAUCCCUGCCACUUCAGAAGCCCCUGGCAAUUCCCGGAAUUCCGAAGGAUGCAGCGCAGAGAGGUGCAUGUGGCUUGGGAAUGGGGUGUUUUGUGUGCCCCAUCACUGCCGUCACCGUGGCUGUGUGAGGCCACGGCCAGCCGGGUGGACUGCAGCAUCCUGAGCCCGGGAAUGGGCUUUCCAGUGACGCCCUUGUUUUGCAGGAAGUGGCAGAGUCGGGGCCCCCCCGGCUCCCUCCGGAGCGGGAGAGGGGGAGAGCCUUGGGCAGGGAUUGAGGAAAGCACCGCUGCUCUCCCAGCGCUGAUGGGGAGGUGUAGCCGAGGAGGGGUUGUUAAAAAUGAAAGAGCUCACAUCCUGCCCGGGGAGGGCAUGUUAGCAGGGCUGCAGCCCCCCUGCCCCGAGCCAUGCUGUGAGGAGGGGACAGAGCAGCCAUCCAGCAGCGGGAAUGAUGGCCCAGUCCCGGGCCAACGGCUCACACUACGCCCUGACGGCCAUCGGGCUGGGGAUGCUCGUCCUCGGCAUCAUCAUGGCCGUCUGGAACCUCGUCCCGGGCUUCGGCCCCCCCGAAAAACCCUCCACCCACGCCGGGAACAGCAGCAAACCCGACCGCGGCUCCGGGGGCAUCUUGAAGAGCAAGACCUUCUCGGUGGCCUACGUGUUGGUGGGAGCGGGGCUGCUGCUGCUCCUGCUCUCCCUCUGCCUCAACAUCCGGGACAAGAAGAGGCAGAGCGAGGACGUCACCGUCGCCCACGUGCAGCGCCAGGUGUCUGUGGAGCCCUCGCAGCAGGAGGACAGCCUUAACUCUUUCCCCUCUAGUCAAGAAGAGGAUGAAGACGUGUCUUCCCAGUACUACGUCCCCAGCUACGAGGAGGUGAUGAACACGGGCUACUCGGAGCCCAGAGACUCGGACAGGAGCAACAGGCUGAGCGUCUCCCUGCCCUCCUACGAGUCGCUGACGGGGCUGGACGAGAGCAGCCAGGCUCCAGGAGCUGCAGGCACGGAGCCGGGCACGGAGAGGCAGCCCAGCCGGCACAGCUCCCGCCUCAGCAAGCGCCUGAAGCCGCUGAAGGUCCGCAGGAUCAAGUCGGAGAAGCUGCACCUGAAGGACAUCAGGCUAAACCUGGACCAGGGGAACAGCACCGUCCCCAUCACGAUAGAGCCCCUCACCCCUCCGCCCAAGUACGAGGAGAUCCAGGAGAAAGCGCCAGUGAGCCAGCAAAUGCCUUAAAAGAAAAGCAAGAGGGAUGUGUGAUGCUGCCGGGUUGAGGGUUUUUACAAACCCAGCGGGCCAAGGGGGGCUUGGUCUGUGGGUGCAGAAGCAGCCAGGGCUCCCUGGAAGCUGCCACGUGGAGGACGUGAUGGGUGUGGUAGCACUGCAGCACGAGGAUGGGACAUUUUUUCCCUGGGACUGGGUUUUACAAAAGACUGUGGGGAAGAAGCCUGAAUGCCACAGGUUCUGCUGCUCUGAAGUAAAUGAAGGCUGGAGGUACCAAAAGUGUCCCUUAUGGUGUUUGAUGUAAGACCACCCAGGGCAUCCUCUCACCUCCUCUGCCUCUCACCUCCAGCAAGACUUUUCCAAGCCACCAAACUGAUAUUGAAGAAGGAUUUUUCCAAGUGGGAAAGUGAAAUGUUCCUUUUUUUUUUUUUUGGGGGGGGGGUGUCUUUUCUUUCUGAGGAAGGGAAACUGCGUUGCCAGAGCAGCACCACGGCUCUCCCCCUCUCCCGGCUGGGUUGGGCUGGUGGCCCAGGGCCGGCCCUGACUCCUGCCAAGGUCUCUGCUGGCUGGUGGGAAGCAGCUGAAAGGGGGCCCUGUGCUCCUUGGGAUGGAUUUCCUGCCUCAGUUGCUGUCCCUGUUGUGUUCUGUGCUCUGUUUGAGGCAAGUGGGUAACUCGGGGGGUGGGGAGCUGCACCAGUGCCAGGGGUGCAGGGUGAAACCACUGCUGAGCAUCCUGUGUGGGCAGACCUGGGCUGAAUAAAUGUUUUGUACGUUGUGUUUGUGUGUAUGUGUGUGUGCACUCGUGGGUGGUUGGUCCUUCCCAAGGUUUAUAAUCCGUUGGCUGUUGUAAGGGAGAUGCUCCAUGGGCAUCCCAACUCCACGCUGCUGGCAAAGCCAUUGGCCACAAAGUCAUCAGUACAUCCAUCCAGGCUCCCUUGAGUGGUCUGAGAGGGAUGUGGAGGUGGCUUUGUUGGUGUGAUGCUGAUAUUGAUGUAAUCGUAGGAUAAUAGAACCAUUUAGGUUGGAAAAGAUCUCCCAAGAUCAUCAAGUCCAACCAUUAACCCAGCACUGCCAAGUCCACCACUAAACCAUGUCCAUGUUAUGGACUGGUCAGCAGAGGCUGACUUGAUGCUGUGGUUGAUAUGAGAGGAGUCCAAAAUGAAGGCAAAGACAUGCUGGUCCAAAUCCAUCCAGCAGAUUUCCCUUGUUAAUGAUUAUUUCCUAUUGCACCUCUUAGUUUCUGUUGUUGCAUCACAGGAGUUUCACUUUGCUGUGCCCCAAGGCAUCUUCUCAGAUGGGCAAAAUAACCUCAAUAGCUAAGGGAGUCUCCUACUCAAGAGAAGGAAGCAAAGCAGAAUAUACCCCAGAUUGAGGGAUGUGGGGUGGGGGGUCCUGUGUGGGUCUUGUUGAGGGGCUGUAAAGGUGGUGCAGCUCCUUGGAAGUUGUGUCCCAGGCAUGUGUGCCCCUGAGAGCCCACUGGGAAUUAACUCCUGUCUCCUUGGUGAAGAAAUACAGCCCUGACAGGGUUCCUAGAAAAUCUGGGUGAAUAAAGUGAAGUUUCUUGUCUGAGCAGGUGGAAGGUGAAGUUUUAUUGAGCUUCUUUGCCAGAAAAUCCCAUUGGAUGAAAUAGACUGGCAAAAACAUCCUCUUUCCCAAUGUCCCGUGUAGGAAAAGAGCUGAAAGACUGCCAUGAAGUGCAAUGACCACAAUGACAUGAGCUGUGACUCAUGCACUAGUUAUGCCAAAAAUGCCCCAAAUGGCUAAUGAGCAUCUCUGGCUACUUUCAUGCUUGUCAUUUGAUGGUAUUUGGGAAGCAGAGGGAGAUGUGGGAUGCUGAGAAGUUCAGGAGCCAUGACCAUCGCUGUCCUAGGAUGGCUUAUCCCUGUACAGUAAGGAAGGCACAGUAAGGGAAUGGUUAUUCCUGACGGUGAGGGUGAUGGAGAAGAAGGUGGAGAGAGCACAGCUGUCUCUUUCAGCAGAUUCGUCUCACCCCAGCCUUAGGCUGGUUGUCCAAGGUGGACCACGCUAGUGGGUGAGAAAUCAGGAUGUGUUCAACAUUUCACGUGUGUCUCAGUGUCUCCAGGAGGUAACUCACAUCCCAGGACAACUCAGUGAGUUCAGCCUGGAGAAGAGGAGGCUCCAGGGAGACCCUAGAGCACCUUGCAGUACCUAAGGGGGCUCCAAGAGAGGUGGAGAGGGACUUUGGACAGGAGGCUGGAGUGACAGGACGAAAGGGAAUGGCUUCAAAGUGGCAGAGGUUUGCAGAGCUCUUUGCAAAAUCUUCUGUGUCUGCCUCAAAGUUAAUGAGAUGAUUAAUUAAUUAAAUUAAUUUAUUCUUUAUUAAUGUGAUAAAACCUUGCAGGGCUGGAGAGGCCAAACUGGGUGGUGUUAGUGGCAAAGGUGGGGGUUUUUUUCCCCUUUUUCUACUGAAAAAGAGUUCCUGGCAGCCUGGGACCAAGGAAUAUCGAUGGACAAGCGCUGAUGGGUGACAGCGCUUAUCCCCUUGCCUGUGGUUGCAAAACCUGUGUGUGUGUGUGUGUGUGAGUGAUAUUAAAUAAAAAAAAAUAAGCCAAAUGGGGACUCAAAGGUUCUUUGGCAGCCCUGGCAGGUGGCAGUGAGGUUUGGGAUACACAUUCCCACGCGUGUCAGCAGCUGGCACCGGGAGCCGCGGCCGCGCCGGCGCGGAGCUCUGUUGUGCUGCCAGGCCAGUUGCUUGGAAAAAGGAGAAGGAGGAAAAAAAAAAAUAAAUAAACAAAACAAAGAGGAAAAACUCACCCAGACAGGCAGCAGCAGGGCCCAGCGUGGCCGAGGUUUCCAAGGCUACUGCCAGGCUGCAGCAGCGCUGCUGGCUGGGACAGAGCCGCUUUUGGGGUCAUUUUGUACGGUUCUUA